UAAUAAUUAUGCAAGGUUUAUUGUAGCCAUCAUAACAAAAUCUUUUGGUUAGAUCACCAACUGAUGGCUCAUUGUAGAGUUACAGUAGAUAUGAGAGUAAGGGAAAGAAAAGAAUUAUAUACAAAAACAAUAAGGGCGAAAUUAUUGAUCUUUAUGACAAAUUGACUAAAUCACAACAUUCUCAUUCAUCUUAACCUAAUUAUUCAGUAAAAUCUCGAACUACUACUCCUGCUCCUUCUGAUAGUGUCAAAACAUAAAAUAACUACAUUUUUGACCUAUUACCAAUUGAUGAUCCCCUUUGGUUGGAGUUGAUUCCCACAGAAAUACAAGAAGAUCAAAACUUCAAUCUUGAAAGAUUGAUUUUGGAUAAUCAAGAGUAUUUUGUUAAUCUACUUGGUUUGUAUAUGCAAGAGAGACAACAAAACAGAAUAUAAGAAAUAAAAAUGUCUCUCCCACAAAAAAAGUAGACAACCUAUAAUCAAGUUCAUAAAAAACUAAAUGGUAUUGAUCAUUCAAAUUUCAACAUCAAAAUAUAUGACUAAAUUCCAAUUGCUUAAUCUCUUCAGUUACAAACGCAAUAUGAAGUUUUAUAUUUUUAUAUCAUUAGACUUCCUAUCGUACCCCUAGGAUUAACCAUCAGGAUAGUUUUAAACCUUACUACAUUAAGAAUGAUGCUGAAAUGCUUACUCUUACAAGUUAUAAAUAAAAUUAUGUCAAUUGGAAACAUUGUCUUACUGAAAGAGUGGGACCUUAAAGAGGUUAAAGCAUUGGAACUUUGCCCUUCAUUGGCAAGACCUCUUAUCAAGAGAACUAUCAAAUUAAUAAUUGUGAACCCAUGGAAUCUGCAAAAAAGAAAACUCUGUAUUCAAUAUUUGUUUAUUUAAGAGGUCCUUUUGCUUCUGGGAGUAUAAUGAUCUUUAAAGAAGCCUUGUCUAAAAUACACUAUCCAAAUUAUUAGAUUGAGGAAGUACCACCAAAAAAACAUAAUAGUAAUCAUUAAUAAGGAAAUGGGUCUUAUGAUGGACAAUUCAAAACAACUUUUAAAAAGUACUUUUAAGAUUUAUUUAAUCUCUAGUUCAUUUGUGUAUAAAGUACCAGAACCUAUAGUGUAGGAUAGAUAUUGGAAAUAGAAAUUGAUACAAAAGAUUUUGGAUAGGAAAUAAAAUUGA